UGUAUCUCCGGACAACUGGUUGGUUAAUAAACGAGAACCGGGUGUGUUUUGGGCUUUGGGUGCGGUGGGCUGGAAUUCAGUUUGCAAGAAUGGCAUCUAAAAACUAUCAACCAGUGGAGAGAAGGGCCCACUCCACAGUAAAGGUAGGAGACUACAUAUAUGUGUGGGGUGGGCACCCAUCUGGAGACUUUAAUAGUGAUCUUAAUAACUUAAUGACAUCAUCAAUGGACCUGUAUCACUUACCAACUGGUUCAUGGGAGGGUAGACCAACAAAUGGCAACCCUCCACUACGUGCCAGUGGAUAUUCAUCCGUUGCUAUUAGAAACAACAUCUAUUACUUUGGUGGUGCUAGGGAUAGCAGUUAUCGCAAUAGCAUGCAUUCCUUCAAUGUGGAUUCAUUCAAGUGGAGGGAACUCUCUCCUUCUAGUUCUGAUCAUGGUCCAAUGAAGAAGGCCCGCUGUGGAAUGGUAUCAGCUCAUUUUGAUGGUGAAGACUAUCUUGUAAUAAUUGGAGGACUGGGAUCAUCUUCUAUCAAUACUCCAAAGCAACCUGAUGCUCAGUAUUCAGCUGGUGGUAGAUGUAAUGAGAUACAUUAUUACAGGAUUUCAUCAGAUCAAUGGAUAUCUCCUGUUGUUACUGGAGACAGACCACCUCCUAUUAGUCACUUCACUCUAACACCAGUUACUAAUAACACUGCAGUAAUGAUCGGAGGCUAUAUUGAUAAUGAAUACAGUGAUAAACUGUAUAUGAUAAGUUUUACUAAGACAUCUGUGGAUAUAUUAGAAGUACCUAAUCCUGGAAGAUCAGUACAAUGGCCUGAGGGAAGAUGGGGUCAUUCCAGUGUACUAAUUACCACUAGUUCAGGACCACACUUACUAGUGGUGGGUGGAUCACCUGCCUAUGAUGUAUGGUUACUGGACAUUAAUAAAAGAAAAUGGAAAGAACCGAUUAAUCUACCAGACAAUGUCACUAACAGACGCUGGCAUUCUCUUUCAGUGUGGAAUGUGACCCCAACUACUAACUGGAUAAUUGAGUUUGGAGGAGAGAGAAAUGAUUUCACAACAAUAAGUGAUACAGCAGUUAUUGAACUCAGAUAUACUAGUGAUAAUGAUUGGUCUACUAGUGUAAUACCUCUGGACCAGUAUCAAGAUCAACUAAGACGAAGGAUACUGAGUGAUUGGGAGAAUUUAGGAACAGAAAAACAGCUUAGAGUAUUUCAAGAUUGUUUGCAAUUACAAAGAGAGAGAAAAUUCUAUCAGGAGCAGCUUCAAGGACAAAAAAAAGAGAAGGAGCAGAUACAGCAAGAUCAAGGCAAAGAGCAGCAACAACUUCUUCAAGAAAAGGCAAAAUUUACUCAGCAACUUGAUGAUGCUACCACUUUCCUUGAGCAAGCAGAAAGGAAUAAAUCAACUCCUGAAUUAGAAGAUAAUGAGAAUCUCAAAGUUAAGGUUGCUGAAAUAUUGGAAGAGAAGACACAAGUAGAAGAGAAGAAACAGAUUAUUACUGAAGAUUAUGAGAAACUUCAAAUCAAAGUGACUGAUAUGGAGGAACAAUAUCUCAAGGAGAAACAGAUCAUUAUUGACGAUGUUCAAAGUCUCAUUUUUGAGAAAGAAAAAGUUAUAGCCAAACUGACAUCACAAGUAGAGGAACAAUCACAGAAUGAGAAACAGAUCAUUACUGACCUUAGAGCUAAAGUGUCUGAUAACAAAUUGUAUACAGCCAAACUAAUAAAGGAGAAGUCACAACUACAGGAGAGAGUCACAUUCUUAGAGGAACAAUCCAUCAAAGAGACUAGUUCCAUUGGACUACAAUUUAAUUACCUGAUCCCUUCAAUGGAUUCACUAGACUCUAGUGUCAUUAUAGCUGGACAGAAGCUCUUUAUCCUACAAGGAGACAGGUCUCAUUCACUCCAGUGGGAGAAAUAUGGAUUCAGAUUAGAGUGUCCUCAAGGAGCAGUGUCCAAGGAUACUGAAGUAGCUGUUACUGCACUAGCUGGUGGUAAUUUCAAGGUACCCAAAGGUACUGUGCUAGUGAGUGCAGUAUAUGCAAUAUCAGUAUCUAAGGGACUAUUAAAACCACUGGUAAUAGAGCUACAACAUUGUGUGGAUCUAAGGAACACUAGUCAGACUGGUUGCCUCAAGUUUGUGAGAGCUCCACUGAAGUCUCCCAAUGCUUACCAGUUCAGUAUAGUUGAAGGAGGAUCUUUUAGUGUAGGGAACAGAUAUGGUUCUAUUGAACGUGAUGAAUUCUGUGCUCUUAGUAUUGUACAUGUUGGUAAUGGAGACACACCUAAUGGAGGUGGGAAUGUAUCAGAGAAUGAUACACAAACUGAAGGAACAAAUAAUGAUAGUGAGGAGGAGACUAAUGGAGACACACCUAAUGAUAGCAGUAAUGGAGCAGGAGAGAAUAGUAGUGGAGGAGGAACCACUCCAUCAACAAGUACUACACCACCUCAUGACUCAAUUAAUGAUGAUCCUUCUCAGUUAGUCCAUGAGGUAGGAUGCCAUACUACUGAUGGACCAACAGUACAACAGUCAGAUCAUGUACUAAGUGAUUCUGAUGGGCCUACAGCUACUGUUACCAGUGAACAGUGUACAGCAAGGAAUGAUGAUGAAUCAAUACAAUCUUCUACUGAUCAUUCCACGACACAAUCAGAAAAUAAUGCAGCUUCUCGUGAUACAUUGUAUUCUGGAAUGAUGUACUAUGAUGAGAAAAAAGUUGGUUAUUGGAAAGCUAUGUAUUCUGUUGUUAGAGAUUUGGAAGUUCUUAAAAGGUAUUUUGAAAGCGAGCAGGGAUCAAGUAUUGAAUAUGAUAAUGUUGUUGACUCAUUUAAGUUUAUUGAACCAAAUGGAACUCUUAAAUUGACUCUACACACUGUACAGGAGGUUGGAUGGACUGUUAAUCCUGAUAGAAAACCAAUGAAAUUGCUUCAGUCAAGAGUUGACCAGUUCCCAUUGAAUCCCUCUUAUGCAACCUGCAGUAUGUCAGUGUAUGCUAAACCUGGUAUUGCUAAGGACUCACUUCAUUGUCCCAUUGAAUUGACUGGAAUAGAUCCUGACACUAUAAUUUGCAUUAACAGAUCCCCACCUUUUUCAUCAUCAAUGAGAAACAGUACUAGCUCAAGCUCCUCUACUGCUAGUAUCAGUCAAACCAGGAGAGAGACUGAAGAAGGUACAUUUAGAUCUGAUAUUGCUCAUAGAGUAAUGACAGAAUGUACUGGAAUAAUAAAGGAAAAGGUUGGCCUGUAUCCACUGAUAGACAGGCUGGUCGAGAAGAGGAUGAUAAGUGAUGCUGAAAAAGGACAAAUUAUUGAUACCAGCACUGGACUAACUGCUAAUCAAAGAAUGGACGAGCUGCUUAGUUUAGUUAAAGCAUCCAUUAGAGAGGAUGGAGAAGAUUUUGGUUUGUUUCUAGAAAUAAUUAAACAAGAGAAUACAAGAAGAGCUGAUAGACUAGCACUGACACUAUUAGACAAUUAUAGAAGAUUAGUAUAA